ACUAUAAUUAAUGAGCAAAAGCAGAGUUAUCUUUUUCCCGCUUCCCUUUGAAGGAGAAACUCACUUCCAACAGAAAAUGUCACUUUUCUUAUCUUUCCACCAUUUUUCUCUAUCCUCUAAACCUCCAUUUCACCAUUACCAUCCUUACUAUACCCACCAUUACACUUCUCUUCAUUAUCCCACCUGCAAAACCCGCAAAAAACCCCUUAAAUCGCAUCUCCAAUCCACUUCCAACUACAACUCAGAAACCCUCCCAAAAUCCGCAAUUCAACGAAUUGCCGAAAAAUUAAGAACUUUGGGCUUUGUAGAAGAUAAUAUCAAAGAUACCCAGUUGCCAGAACAUGAGAUUAACCCUAAAAUUGGGGAGAUUUUUAUACCUACUUCCCGCCAAAUCCCUAAUUUUCGGGUUGGGCAUACCCUUGACCCGAGUUGGUCUACACCCCAGAAUCCAGUUCCUGAACCGGGUACUGGGGAUGCCAUUAUUAAGCUAAAUGGGUUAAGUUGGGUAGCUCAGAAGGAACGGAAAGAGUUUAGGAAGGCAGAGAAAGAAGAGGAGAAGGGUAAAGUACCAAGCUUGGCUGAGCUCACGUUGUCAGGUUCGGAGCUCCGGAGGCUUACAACCAUGGGGAUUCGGAUGAAGCAGAAGAUGAAGUUAGGCAAGGCUGGGAUUACUGAGGGGGUUGUUAAUGGGAUUCAUGAGAGGUGGAGGAGUUUUGAAGUGGUGAAGAUUGUUUGUGAGGAUAUUUGUAGGCUUAAUAUGAAGAGGACUCAUGUUUUACUGGAGAGAAAGACAGGAGGUAUGGUUGUUUGGAGGACUGGAAGCAAAAUUGUUUUGUAUAGAGGGGUAAAUUACAAGUAUCCUUACUUCUCUCUGGACGAAGCCUCAGUGAGUAGUAGUUCUGAUAAUACAAAGGAAGUGGGUGAUGGAAUGCAAGCUGAAGAAGAAAAUUUGCCAUCUGAGACUCUUAUAAAAUCUUCUGAUCGAAGUGAAACAAGAAUUUUGGCUCAUUCGUCCUUGGUUCCGGGUGUUGGUAGUCCCAACAGGGUGCGAUUUCUGCUACCUGGUGAAACCCAACUCGUUGAGGAAGCUGAUCGCCUGUUAGAUGGAUUGGGGCCUCGAUUUACUGAUUGGUGGGGUUGUGAGCCGUUACCUAUUGAUGCAGACCUACUACCAGCUGUUGUUCCUCGGUACAGGAAACCCUUUCGCCUGCUUCCUUAUGGAGUGAAGCCUCAACUAACAAACGAUGAGAUGACAAUACUCAAGAGACUCGGUCGACCGCUUCCUUGUCAUUUUGCUCUGGGGAGAAACAGGAACCUUCAGGGAUUAGCUGCUGCAAUUCUUAGAUUGUGGGAGAAAUGUGAGAUUGUUAAGGUUGCUGUUAAAAGAGGAGUUCAGAACACUAACAGUGAGCUGAUGGCUGAAGAGUUGAAGCGCCUCACCGGUGGUAUACUUUUGUCCCGGGAUAAGGAGUAUAUAGUGUUCUAUCGAGGAAAAGAUUUUCUUCCAUCAGCAGUUUCUUCAGCAAUUGAAGAGAGGCGGAGAAACAGGAUGGAUGGAGACAAACUGGUGGCUGAUGGUUCUUCAGGUGAAACUACUGAUAAAAUUCUACGGGGCACUGAAGGGCAACAUGCUGCUUUUGUAAGUGAAAAAAGCAAGGGCCAAACAAUGAGGAAUGUCUCUCAGGAGCAGAAAAUGAGGUCUGUUCAGACAAAUAUUGCAAGAACCAGCAGGAAGUUGUCCAUGACUAUUGAAAAGAAAGCAAGGACAGAGAAGCUUCUUUCUGAGCUGGAGCAGGCUGAGAUUUCUCGAAACACAGAGGUGGAUAAAGAGGGCAUCACAGAAGAAGAGAGAUACAUGCUCAGGAGAGUUGGCUUGAGAAUGAAGCCUUUUUUAUUGCUGGGUAGACGAGGUGUUUUUGAUGGCACAAUUGAGAAUAUGCAUCUACACUGGAAGUACAGGGAGCUUGUAAAGAUAAUAUGUGGAGGAAGGAAUAUUGAUGAGAUCCAGAAUAUAGCACGUAUACUAGAGGCAGAGAGCGGUGGAAUAUUAGUGGCUGUUGAAAGAGACAGGAAAGGCCAUGCAAUCAUUGUGUACCGUGGGAAGAACUACCAACGUCCAGCUUCCUUGAGACCGGAUACACUUUUAAACAAGAAAGAAGCAUUAAAACGCUCAAUAGAAGCCCAGCGGCGUGAGUCUUUGAAACUCGACGUGUUGAAGCUAGCUAAAAACAUAGAGGAGUUGAAGCUUAAGUUGGGGGAAGAUAAGGAGGCUUUGGAUAAUGAAGCAGGAAAACGGGUGAAUUCUCAGUGGCUGAACAAAUCUGGUGAGAAUAUUCCUACGAACCGGAGGAGAGUGUUCAAGGACUCUCAAGAAAACAUUCAUUCUAUCCAAGAGGAGGAGCCGGUUAAUGUUUCUUCAUUCAAUGACAACACCCUUGAAGCUGCUGAUAGUUUUUCAGUUGAUGAUGAUUUUGAGGAAAGUUCAGAAAUAAAUCUUGUUUCUUCUGUUGAUUCUGGUAAAGCCAAUGCUUCUUGCGAUAAACCAUUGCAGUCAAUCAACAAUGAAGUAGAACCAUCAGUGUCAAUAGACAAUUCUGAACACGAAAAUGUUGAGGAUGAGAUAACAAAACCAUCUACAGAAGAAAAUAAGAAAGAGGUGAUUUCUCGGUCAUUUCAAAACAAAGUGGAGAAGAACCCUUAUGCAGUACGAGCUGGAGCGAAACCACUUACUAAUAAAGAGAGGCUUCUUCUGAGACAGCAAGCCCUCAAGACGAAAAGACGCCCUGUACUAGCUGUGGGCAGGAGCAAUGUUGUUACUGGUGUUGCCAAAGCAAUUAAGGACCAUUUUAAGAAAUAUCCUCUUGCCAUUGUCAAUGUCAAGGGGAGAGCUAAAGGGACAUCAGUUCAAGAGGUGGUUUUUAAACUCGAGCAAGAAACAGGUGGAGUUUUGGUAUCUCAGGAGCCAAGCAAAAUCAUACUUUACAGAGGUUGGGGUGCUGAAGUCAAAACAGAUCGCUCUUUUAAUAAUAAGGAGGAUUGUGAUAAACGAUCUGGUGUACCUUCAUUAGCUGUAUCUCCAGAGCUGUUGGCUGCAAUGAAACUUGAAUGUGGAUUGUCAGAUAAUGAAAAUGAGGAGACAUAAGCCUAAAUUCAAUCUGAUUGUUGAAUACGCCCCUUGGAUUUACAACUCAUUCUGCUCUUUCUAAGAUGUGCUGUGCAUAAUUACUAGUUACCUUGAAAGAUCCAAUGCCAAUUCUUCAUCUCUGUUUUCACGAUGGAGCUUAGGUCAAUUUUAUUCACAAUUUGGCCUCGCUAGUUAGUGUAUGCUGCACAUAUCAAUUUUGGACUUAUAUGAAGCUGUUUUUAGACAAUACUGACAAAGAAAUUUCAUGCAAAUUCUAGUGGAUAAAGGAAAUAUUUCUCAACUAUUUUUCCCGAGGAACUACCCUGAUCUGGGUUCAAGUUGAAUUGGAGCGUUAGAGUUCACUGGUUUCCGGCAUCUCACUCGUAUAUAGAUAUGCAGUUUCUAAGGUAUGCUUCUGAGAAUGCUUGCUGCAGUUAUGAGGAUAAGUGUAGUAUAUAUAUAUUUUUGCCCUUUCUUGCUGCUUGUUCUAGAGGUCCGUAUUGUGAGGUUGAAAAACUGCCAUUGAUUGCUGAGGAAUAACUCUUUUAUUUUAACGCUAGAGAGAAGCAGUCACAAGAUGAACAAAAUGAGAUUUUACUUCUCCAUGGGUGCACUAAGUGUGAUCAUUAAAGCAGCAGGUCUAACUGAUCCUAGUAGAAUCUUUGACCGGUCCCUGUGUGUUUGCGCGUUCGGCGCGCAAAAUUCCACCGUGAUCCAUAUGCAACAUCUGGUGGAGGUAGUUGCGGAGGAGCAGCUUCACCACGACCAACACUUCUAUAAGGUUGGCCGAUCAGAAUAUGCUCUCACACCCACAAUUAACAAUUGUAAAUGUAAUAAGAAUGUCAUUUACCAAGUAUAAAUUAGAACUAAAUGUUAUUGUUAUUACCUGUAAUAUGGAUAAUGGUCCUGCAAUCUCCUUGACAUUCUUCUUGACAGCACCAUAGAGCCUCUUGUACAAGUAUCCUAGGGCUGCGGAGCCCAAGCUAUUCUCCCAGGGGUCGUCAAGUAAUGUCAAAUAUAGGAGCUGAACUUGGUUGUUUGUUUUAUCAGCAAACAAGACAACUCCUAUCAAAUAUAAGAGGUAUUGGCAUACCUUGAAAUGGUGCCCUUAUCAGCACCUUCGAGGAGAUGUGAGUAAAGCCUCCCAAAGAUCAUCUGAUUUUUUUUUUCUCUGAAUUCUUGUUAUAUACUCUUCAAGAUCUGCUUUGAACUGUCUGGAAAGUUCUCUCAUAUUCUGAGACUGCUUGUCAAUGAUGUUGUUCAUCCGUGCAACUAACUCCUCCAUACGAUUCAAAGACUCAAGUAUGGCAGAUUGCUGACAUUGUUGAACUCCAGCAAUACUCUGACCUCUGCUGUUCUUGGACUCAAGAACACCAUCAGAAUGCAUAUUCUGAAUAUCUCGACCUCUGAUGUGUCUUCGAUCACCAAGAAUCGAACGACUCUAAUACCAAUACCAAUUGUUAUGGACUGACUUAGUCAUAGGACUGAUUUUACUAAUGACAAAAAGAGAAAUGUAUAUGAAUGUAAUGAAUUUUAUGAAAAUGUAAAUGUAUAUGGAAAGACUGAAUGUAAACAAAGAACAAUUGCAGAAGAUAGUAUACAAGCAUUUGAUAGUCUUGUUCUCUCC